AUGAAAUUCUCUUCUCUUCCCUCCCUGCAACAGGCUUCAGGAGUUAUGAUUCUUAAUGUUGGGGGUCAGAUCUACACCACAACAGCAAGUACCCUGAAGAAAUAUCCUAGGUCCACACUGGCUGAACUAUGCAGCAAUCCUGGCAAAGCAAUCAUUGACCGCAAAGGCAGAAUCUUCAUCGACAGAGAAGGAACCUUCUUCAAAUACAUCUUGGCAUUCCUUCGGAGUGGACAGCUACCAACCCGGUUCACCCAGCAGAUUUACCAGGAGGCCCUGUUCUACAACAUUGAGCCUCUGGUGGAGCUGCUCAGGGAUUCGCCGGAACUGUAUGGCGAGCUGGUCGGAAGGCAGCAGUUUUUGAGCGAGGUGCCAAAUUACAUGGAGAACGUCGAGGUGCUCAUUCACCUGGCCAGGGCGGAAAGCGUGGGCUCUCGCCGAUCCUGGGUGAUGGUCUGUGUGGUCAAAAACAAAGAGGAUGAGGCAAAGGUCCUGGAAACCAUCAGGGAUCUGGGCCCUGACAAGGACUCUCUGGUGAAAUUUGGCCCCUGGAGACCUUCGCCAACGGCCUCUGAUUUACUGGACUGCAUCAAACUGGACAUUGAGAAAAGAGGCUACAAUGUUUCUUUCCAACCCUACAAAGCAGUGAGAGGACUGCUGUCUUCCUCUUGCAACUUGCUCUUUCAGUUUGUUUUCACUUGGUGGUAA